AUAGCACACGGUAGAUCCUCGCCCAACCGAACUGCAUUACCUUGCUUGGGAGAUCGUUAAUCCUACCGCGUCACACGAAUCUUGUAGAACGACGGUCUAAGAAAAAUGGACUUAGCUUACGAUGAAUUUUAGACCACUUCUUGUAAUGGCUUUAGUAGACGACUUUCCCUACUUAGACGUUCGCGACUCGAUCCUUAAGCUUUAGAUCACAAGUUGACCGCAACUCGGACUACGAUGAUGGUUUUGAUGGAAGUCCUGGGCUGACCUCCCUAAAAAAAACUCUGAUGGUGAAUUAUGGAGAAGUGAAAGUUAUACCAAAAGAAAUGCACUAGAAUACGAAUUCGUUCGGAUUAGUCUUUAUGCCUCAUAGUGAAUCGUGCUUUGGUUAGCACGUAAGACCCGAACCGUGAUGUGGAAAACAACUAAGUGCUUUUGGUGAUGUGUUGCAGUAUGAAAUCUUAUGACGCGUACUUGGGAAUACGAUGUGGGAAAUCCUUGUAAGAGUCCUCCUGAGGCAAUUUUGUUUGAUAUAAUGAUAUACUAACCUUCAGUAGCUAUGAAAAUCGUGUGCCUCGAUAAAGUUGUUGUGUUCUAGUUUCUAGUUUGUUGAUAAGUUUGUCCGUUCCGCACCGGCAUAGUGCUUAAUGGUAAAACCGUGCUUAAUGUAUUAGUAUGCUACCCGGAAGAGUUGCAAGACCCGUAGGCCGAGGCCACGAAAUGAUACUAGCGUUCGAGAGAGGGAGUCCUGAAUGGUGGCGCGAUGUGACACCACCGCCACCGCCCCAAUCACAAGAUCGUCGGAUCGAGGAACUUUUCCUAAAGCAGUGUCCGCCGGUAUUCAAUGGUUUGGGAGACCCGAAAGAAGCUGAGACUUGGGUCAAGGCACUAGAACGCCUAUUUGACUUCCUACGUUUCCCGGACAAAGACCGACUGAGAUGUGCAUCAUUCCAGCUGAUUGAAUCUGCGGAUUUGUGGUGGGAAGCGAGAAAGAAAACAAUAACUCUAGGACAAUUGGAGGGGACUACUUGGGAACAAUUCAAGACUGAGUUUUAUAAUAAGUAUGUUCCCCUGAACUAUCGAAGGGAAAAGGAAGUGGAAUUCUGUAACUUGAGACAAGGACCGAUGUCCGUGACAGACUACGAUCGGUUGCUCUGCGAUAUGUCCAAAUAUGCACCGGAGCAGGUGGAUACUGAUGAGAAAAUGGCUAGGAAAUUUCGUGCCGGUCUGAGGCACGAAAUUCGAAUGGCGUUGGUUCGCCACGGGAGGUUGACAUACCCUGAAUCUCUAAGAGAAGCACUAUAUGUUGAAUCUACUUUAGCAAAGGAGGAACCCGCACCGGUCACCACUACCGCAUUCCGCCAAGUCCAGGCUCAAGCACCUAGGAACAAGAAACAGUUGAAUGGACAACUGACUCAACUCGGGCCCAAGAAAGCUCGGCUAAAACAGAACAAGCCACGAGGGUUCGGGAGGCAAACGACCCCCAAAACAGUCAGGAAAUAUCAACAAGAACCCCCCGUUUGCCCAGAGUGCAAUAGAACGCACUAUGGGAUAUGCAAGGCGGGAACAGGAGCUUGCUUUGCAUGUGGGCAGAGCGGACAUUUUAAGAAACAUUGUCCGACAAAACCCCUGGAAAUCGGGACGAGGUCACACCCGACAAUUCAGUCAGAACUGCGGACACCACACACACAACUUGGAGCAAAUCCACAAGUGCCACCGCCAAAUUAUCAGCAGCCGCAAGGUCUCCUGUCACAGGCUCGAGAGUAUGUCCUAACGCAGGAACGGCUAGAGGGGAACCAAGGAAACCUAGCAGGUAUGGACGUUCCCUCGACUUACCAAUUAUCAUACUGUUGGAUACAAGUUUUUAUGCCCAUCUCAUAACCGCAUUUUGAGUAGACACUUUAGAUAUCCACCGAUCAAGCUGAACAUAGGAUAAAGGUGUCCUCACCAUAGUAGGCCUUAUAAAUAGUACGAAAAUUUGCUUGAACAUAGAAUUCACCGAGAAAGACUCCAAGUUAAGGGUUCACAAUUUCGAAACGUUGCCAUAAUACUAGAAAUGGACUGGCUGGCGGAAGACCACGCCACUGACGAAAAUCUAUAAUCUCGAUGCUUUAAGUCGUUAAAUGAUUAGAGAAAGACAAAUGGGAACUUGAAAAUGGUAGACAUCGCCGUAAAUUCCAGAUAUGCCACCGAUAAUACCACGGUACAGACAAGUGGAAUCCAAGAUAAGACCUAGAACCCGGAUCCACCUCGAUAACAAGAGCACCUUACCAAAUACCAGUUGCACUUAAAGGUCUAAUGAAUCAUGAUUUUAACCGGCGCUUGAAAAAGAACCUAUUCUAGCUUUGUGUGACAGAUUCGUCUAUCUGAAGGACGCAAGAAAACACUAAGGACAAUAGAGGACUACGCUAGAAACGUUAAGAGCCGAGUAGCUCUAUGCUAAGAUUAGCAAGUUUUGAGUUCAGGCUUAACGAAGAAAAUUUCCUCGAACACAUGGUAGCAACGGAAAGGAAUCCGAGUAGAACCACAGUAACAGACCACUGUAGGAGGCUAUCAAAGGAUCCUCUGAAAUUGCGAUAACAAUGACUCAAAAGCUCGAGAAAAGGGUCAAGAUUUCACGACGCCCUGAGCAAAGUGAGCUUGCAACUACUAGAAGAGAAGAUAACUAUGGUGCUAGCACUAAUUACUGCAAAACUCGAAAUAGCUACAUCGUCGGCACCGACGCACUGAAGGGGUUGGCCUGGCCAUGGCUAGACGCGGAAGGGGCAGAGAGAUCAAUUAUGCAUCAUGGCAGCUCAGGCCGCAUAAGCUGAAAUACCCAACGCAUGAUCUAGAAGGGGCUGGCAUAAUCUACAUACGAAAGGAUUUAGGCAUACGAUAGAUUGAAUGUCUAAAGUUAGCAAAAGUAAAGUUAGCAAAAGACUGCGACUGUAGCGUAAAUCACUAUCCGAGCAAGGCUAACGUAGUGGCCGAUACGCUGAACCACAAAACUCAAACCUGGUUAAAAGGAAGAGAAAUACUACAAGAACUCGAUAGAUUGAGCCUAGAAAUAGAGCGAGCACCCGAGAAUGUGGGAAAGAGAAUUUCCACUUGGGUAGAAGUGCCAACCUCAGGAUCAAGAUCGUAGACGCACGAGAACAGAGUAUGGAAGUAGAAGGUUGUACCUGAAAGAAAAAGCGAACGAAUGAAGGAGUCACCACAAGGAACUGUGGGGAGAUCUCACAUUCGAAUGUAGGUCGUGUGUGGCAGAACAGUAAGAGCUCAAAGAUGAGAUCACAGGAAAAGCCACGACACCAAGUCAUCAUGGGAGUACCAAGAUGUGUUAGAAUCGGGAGAAGAAAUCCCGGGGGCAAAGGAUUAAGAAAGAUAUAACAAUGGUUGUACGAGGAUAACACAAGCUGGGUGACAGUCGAUCGCCUCACUGUGCAUACUAACUUUGUGACAAUCAGACAAGUUAGUUGAGUUAUACACAUCUUCGUAAAAUACCAGUAAUUUUCACAUUAGACCAAAACGACAGAUCUACGACUAGAUUUUAGAAGAAUCUACAUGAUUGGUUUCAAGGAUUUAUUACCACCGAUAAGGUGAUGAAGUGUCAAAGCGGGUGUAGGAAACGCUCGAAGACACGAUCGAGAGCCAAGGUGCUCGGUAUAGAAGGACAAUUGGGAACAAGUUUUUACCAGAGAUGAAGUCCGUUCAUAACGACAGCUACUAGGCAAAUAGUGAAAUAGUAUCGUACGAAGCCUCACACAGAGAGGAGCUUAGACGGCCCUCUAUAGAACGAGGUCAGUGAGAGAAAAGUAUUGGACCCAGAUUUCUAUUACGGAGGUGAUAGAAAUUUCUCAAGAAUCAUAGAUGGAAGAAAGGGGCUAGGACGGAUGGAAGUCCCGCAGGGACGUCAGACUCAUAGUUUAACAUGGAAAAAAAACAAGGUUAUUUGAAGGGUGUUUCCCUCAAGGAGAUAAUUGGAUUCGAAGUCAAGGGAAAUUUCGACCGCAAUAUAUAAGCUCUAGUGAGAUGCUCGAGAGGAGAUAGUCAUAAAUAUGGACUAGAAAUUGCACGGAGAAGUCAGAAAUAUUUCAAGGAAUAUAAAAAUGGAGAAGUAAGUAUUAUUUUGGAUGAAGGUGUUAGGGAAACACUAUGGAGGAAAUAAGGGGCAAUGCGGAGGAGGAAUAUCUUGAAGCAUGCAAGUAGCGCAAAUUUCGGGACGAAAUUUUUGUUAAGGUGGGUAGAAUGUAACACCCCAAGUUUUCGUACACGGAUUCGGAGUAUAAAAAAAAAAUUUGGACGAAGAGACACUUGGAAUCAAAGUGCAAAUAAAUUAAUUCAAGGAUAAAGGUAAAAGAUAUACUUUAUUAGAAAAAUACUUGAGAAGUAUUUUUACAAGAAUGAUGGAAUUGCAAGUAGUAUAUGAGUACUUUGAAAGGGACUACACAUAUAUGGAUUACAUCAUGUGGUACAACAUUGGUGAGAUACUAGUUAAAUUCUAUCUUCCUCUCCUUCCUCUUCCCUCUCGUUCCUUGCUUCCAUAAAGCUCCAAGGAGACAGCUAGAGUACCUACAAAAUUAACACCAAAUGGGGGAUCAAAAUAUGACUCAUAAGUAAAGGGGAAGAGGGGCACAAGCUCAAAUAAGAAAAAGGAAUUAGUAGGCGAAAUAGGGCAGCCAGGGGCUGGCAUUGUAGGGCAUGAAAUCAGCCAUUUGCCACCUUUCCAAAGUUUCACCAAAGUGGAAAUAAUGACAAGUGAAGCAAGAAAGAUGAGCUUAUCUUCAAACCCAAAUGAGAGGAACCACACUCUCCCAAAAUACAAAAUGAGAUCAGCUAAAUAGCCUUCCAGGAAUUUCACCAAUUUAGGCAUGGAAGCCUAUUAAGAAAAUAUGAAAGGGGAGGCAACCCCUAACUGGAUUUGGAGAAUCCAGCUCCCAAGGAUCAGCCCUCACUAGCCAAGGACUCGGCUAUAAAUACCACCCAUCUCGAUUCCAUAUACCUCUAUGCCAAGAGGUCAAUUGUAGUCUCCUAGAGAUAGCAUGAGUUGGCCUUUCGCCUGCCAAGGAAAUUUCCAAAAAUGGUUAGAUUCCUCCAUCAACAAAAUCCAAGGAAAAAGUUUAUUCAUGGAAAUGGUAAGUAGCCAUUUAAGAUCUUGCAAGGAGCCUCUGCAUUGAUAUCCCUCUUCCAAAGAAAUAAACCACAAUGAACUCAUCAAAUAAUGAGCUUCCCAAGGCAUACACCAAUUUGGUAUAGAAGCUUUUAAGCUCAACAAAAGAGAGAUGAACAAUUAGCUCAAAAGGGAAUUUGGCAUCUUCCACACAAUGACCAAGAGAUACGAGAAAUAGCAAGUAUAGAGGCUCUACAAUGUCUUACACCAAUUUAGGCAUAGAAGCUUUAAGCUCAAAAUCAAAAGGUGGAAGGGACAAUAGAUCAAAGUAGGAGUGGAAGCUCCCAAGGUCUGCCACAAAAGUCCAAGAAAUUUAGCUAUAUAAACAGCCACAAACCCCUUUCUCUCCUACCCCUUUCGACACCCAAUUUUUUUUAUACACCAAGGAUGUGCAGCAGUGAGGAGGGAGAAGGGCAAAUAGUGGCAGCAAGCAAUAGCCACAACAACUAAGGAAUCACCAAAGCAAGGUAAUUCUCCCCAACAUCUUUUACGAAAAUAGCAUUCAUAUAGAUCCCAACAUAGCAAUUAUAAGAUAGGACGUAGAGAACAUAGAAGUAGCAUCAAUCAACAGUUAGUACCAACAUCAAGAUCAAGCCUUUAAUCACAACCAUGGCCCAUGCUUCUAAGAUCACACAUAGUUGCUGCCGGAAACUCGAAAGAAUUAAGUUUUAGUAGAAGUUAGGGGACUUAGCUUAAAGCCGAAGGGCUGCCCCACGACCUCCGACAGCGGCUAAGACACGAGGGCAGCCGCGCGGACUCCUCGGCGGUAGCAACGGCGAUCACAAGAGCCGGCAACAACGAGCGGAAAGGCGGCAGAGAGCAGCGCCAACCGACUGCGUGAUGCCGGGCUGAGCACAGCGACGGAGACAGCGAUGCCGCUGAGAGGGAACCUGCCGCGUGAGGGUGCGACGGCGGUGGCAGCAGCGGCUCCUGGUCCGGCACGGAAUCGCCACUGAGACAUCGUCGGAGCUAGCUGCGGAGUCGCAGAGCGAGAGGAAGCUCGACGGUGAGAGAAACAGAGAAAGAUAGGGAGAAGACCGAUGGGAAUCACCGGCGAUAGGGAGCGCCGGCGAUUCGAUCAGUGAUGGACGGCCGACGGCUGUGGAGCUGUACAGCGAGAGUGAGCUCGACGGGAGCCGGAGGCGGCGCUGUGGAGAGCUGGCGGCGAGGUUUUGAGAGAAAGAGAAAUUGAGAAUGAGAAUUGGAGAAGGAGAACUUGAGGAGAGAUGAGGAGAUGAUGGAGCCGCUGCUUCUUCAUCUUGAAUUUUAGGGAUUUUCAAUUUGAGAAUGAAGAUGGGGAAUUUUGAUGGAAGAGAAGGAAGUACCGAUGGAAGAGAGUAUAAUUGGGGGCUGCUCUUUUAAUUAAUAAAGUGGGUUCCGUAAUGGAUUAAGCAAGUUGGGCCUUAACAAUUAAAUAGACAAUUUGGGCUGCCCACUCUGGAUUAAUUGAAUUCUGGGCCUCUAAAAUAAAUGGAGAAGUUGGACCAUUUUAUUCAAUUGUAGAGUUUGGACCGAGAACUUUCAAUAAUUAUUUGGGAAAGGAAUUAAUUUAAGGAAUUAAGCUUGGAUCUUAAUUAAAUUAAUUUCCGAAUAAUUUGAGUUCGAAGAUGGAAAAAUUAAAGCAGAGACGCGAAGGGCCGACCGGCGUCGCCCCUCGAAGCCAUGGGCGGCCUUAAGAAAAAUCCGAAGAAAGGAAUUUAAAGAGGGAUUGCAAGAAUCCAUAUUUUACUAUUUAAGGGAUAAUAGAAUUUCUCCAAGAUAAGUAAAGCGAACAAUUAAGUACUACCGCACAAUAAAGCCGAGUUAGGAUUUAAGGAAAAAAUCCCAUAACCCGAGACUAAGAGAUAGAUGCUUUCCUAUAGGAUGCAUGCAUUUUUUUUUUCUUCUCAGAAAAAUAGUUCGAGUACUAAUUAGCGUGUUACGCUAUUUAUUUUAAAGGAGAAUUUAUACAAGGGCAAAGUAAGGCCGACGGGAGAAUUUUAAUUGAGGAGUAAACGUAUCAGAUUAAGCAAUAGGGUGGAGGCGUGCUGAUCAGAGUCGAUGCUACUUAAGUAAAUAAGUGUGGAUCUCUCGACGCUUCGUGUCUUCAUACGCGAAGUCGUUUUCUGGACUUUUUCCGCUGCAGUUUGUUAAGAGAGUAUAGUGAACUCUCAUCAUCGAAACUCUGAUUCAUUUUGAUGAAAUGCCAUUGUUAUUCAAAUCCUUGUAAUCGAAUACUUGGAUCUUAUCUAUCAUAUUGUUUGACUUUUCAAUGUGCAAGUUCUAUCUUCAUUUCUUCCA